AUGAGGAAUCUUUUCCUUUUCUUUUCGGCGAUGAUGAUGAUGACUUUAAUGGUCGUCGUCGAAGCCUCUUGGUUCCGCAAAAGCAACACCUUUAACGGCGGGGGAAAAUCCAAUUCCGAAACGCCUUCUUCGUCCUCGUCGUCGGUAUCAUCCUCGUCACCAAAAUCUCACCCACUGAAAGACGAAACAGAGCUUCAGUUCUCUCACGUAAACGCGACGAAGUUACUCUUGGAAGAGUUAUCGUGCGAUGCCUGCGUCGCCGCGAACGUGCAGAUCUUUCAGCAGAUACGGAACCGAGCGGAAUUGUACGAGAGAGCUAUUUCCGGUGCGGAUUCGAUCGACGCGACGACGUUGACGUGGACGACGCAAAAGAAGCUCGAGACGUCGAAGAAAUGGUUACAACCGGACGUGGCGUGCGGGACGAGAUUUCGGAACCGGAAUUUGUACAGUUUGAAACCGGUUUUCGAAGGAAGAGAUAACUUGUACAUGGCUGGACCUGGGUUUGAUCACAUGAGGAAAAAUCCGAGAAAUACCAUGUUUCGGCGAGAAGUGGAAUCCGUUUUGUACCAGACGUGCGCGAAGAGUUUACGAGAACACGACGCGAUUGAAGUGUAUAAGAAAGCGAUCGACGAAGUCUCCUCGCAAUCACCAGGAGGAAGAUCCGGAGUGACGUACAACGGCGUUUUGAUAUCGUUCGUGACGCGAAUGUGUUUGUUCCCCGGGCCGAACAAUUUAGACGACGUCGUGAACGCCUCGAGGGAGGAGAAAAAGCAAGCGAAGGAGUUGCUGAAGAGACAGACGCAGUAUUGUAAAGGCGAGAGAAGAGAGGAGCGGGCGCAAAAUUAUCACGACGAAAGUCAGCGCGUGUCGAAACUUUUAGACGAGAUCAAAACGAAAGCGUUGACAGACGCGUCACAGAAUGCCAUCGACGAAACGACUGGGAAAUCGAAUUUGCAAGUCGCCAAGAGAAUGUGCUUGUCCGGAAAGUUGGAAGAGACGACGUGUUUGUUCAUUCGUUUGGAAUUCGCAAACGCGGUGCCGAAAUUGGUCGCGCAGUUACAAAAUAUCACCGAAAAUCAAAAGAAGUUAGAGCACGAGAUAUCACAAACGGACGAGGACGAAAAUUUCGAUUACGAUGACGAGGAUUACGACGGCGACGGCGACUUCGAGGAACGGUUUUUAGAGGCGAAGAAAACGAGAUUGGACGCGAAUUUCAAUUACACGUUGAAAAUGGCAACGACGGCGUGCGCGUCGCUGUUAGAGAUGAAGCCAAACUCAGCGUCCGGGACGCACAACAGCGCCGCCGUUCGCCGGUACGCGAAGGAUGAAAACGCUAUGGAAGAUGCCAUCGCGUUUGCGAAGAAGGCAAUCGAUUUGCACGUGAAAAACGAGGACAAGAUGGAAGGGUACAAGUUCAUAAGCGAGGCGAAUUACGCGUUGGAAAAAUACGACGAGGCGAUGAAGUACGCGCAAAUGGCGAAAGAUUCGAUCGAUGCCCUGUCACCAGGAAGAGUACACGCGUACCGCUUAUUAGCGAGCUUACACGUAGCCAGAACCUUUCGCGAGAUGGCCAGUGGCGAAAUCUUGACCAACGCCGCACGCAUCGAGAAAGACGAACUCGAUCACCAAGAGAAAGAAAGCGGUUCGUCCAAAGCUUUGUCGAACGAGGAAAUGGACUUGAAAAGACGAGCUGUGAAACUGCACGACGAAUUGAAGGAAAACUUGGAAGCUGCUGCCAAAAUGCUCGACGACGUCAUCUGGGAAGACCCGCGACGCGAACAUCUCAUCAAUAUGGGCAUCGUCUUGUACCUCAUCGAAGCCGCCAACGACAACGCGUUGGGUCGGUUUACCAAAAUACAACACGACGCGUUAACCGAAGCGAAACAGCUCUGCCUCUUAAAACCCGAGCACAUGGAAGACCACGAGAAAGCGUUGUGUCGAGACGUCCUCUCGCUCACCGGUCGAAAACUUGUAAAAGAACAUUUCUUCGCCUUGGCCGGCGACGCUUUGCACAUGUCAUUGAUGUACGGCGAAGAAAGUUCCAUCUUGUGGGCCGACGUCGGGUUCACCCAGUAUUCCAUCGGUAAACUCGAAAUUGCCAAGAUGUGUUUCGACAACGCGAAAAAGUACGACCCGGAAAACUUCGUCUUGCCGGAAGACAUUCGCGCGGCGUUGGAAGACGUCGGCGAGAACGUGUUGUUGCAACAGCACGACGAAAUAGAACAGGCGAAAAAGAAGCGAGAGGAGGAUGAGGAGGAGGAUGAGGAGAAGGAGGAAGGCGAAAACGCCGGCGAUAUCGGCGAAAGUAUACGCAUAAGUAGUAGUAGUAGUAGUAGUCAUAGUAGUUCCGAGCACCGCCCGGAGUUGUAG